GUCGAAGUGUUCACAGGGCUACUCAAAGUAACGACCGAAAGAUGUCUGGACGUGGGAAAGGAGGCAAGUCUAAGGGGAAAAGCCAGACAAGAUCUUCUCGUGCUGGUCUACAGUUUCCUGUCGGCCGAAUCCACAGAUUUCUGAGGAAGGGCAAUUAUUCCAGUCGUGUUGGUGCAGGGGCUCCCGUGUACUUGGCUGCUGUGAUGGAGUACUUGACCGCAGAGGUUUUGGAAUUGGCUGGAAAUGCUGCCCGAGACAACAAGAAAAAGACCAUCAACCCACGCCAUCUGCUACUGGCCGUCCGCAAUGACGAGGAGCUGAACAGACUACUGUCUGAUGUAGCCAUUGCCCGAGGUGGCGUCCUUCCCAACAUCCAGUCCGUUCUCCUGCCCAAGAAGACGAAGAGAUCCUAAAUCACGUCUAGUCACAGUGGGUAACCACUAAUUCCAACGGCCCUUUUCAGGGCCAAC